AUGAGCGCGGAGCAGCAGCGCGACCCGACGCGGGCGGAGGUGCAGCGGCUGUCCCGGGAGCUGGCGGAGACCACGCGGGAGAAGAUCCAGGCGGCGGAGUACGGGCUCGCGGUGCUGGACGAGAAGCAGCAGCUGAAGCAGCGGUACGACGAGCUGGAGGCGGAGCACGAGACCGUCCGCCAGGAGCUGGAGCAGCUGCGAGAGAGCAGUCAGAUGGUGGAGCUGCAGAGGUCUCGUCUGCACGACGACAUCAAGGAGUUCAAGUUCAGAGAGGCUCGUCUGCUGCAGGACUACAGCGAACUCGAGGAGGAGAACAUCACCCUCCAGAAACAUGUUUCUGUCUUAAAACAGAGCCAGGUUGAGUUUGAGGGUCUGAAACAUGAAAUUCGUCGUCUGGAAGAAGAUACCCAGUUUCUGAACAGCCAGUUGGAAGACGCCAUCCGUCUGAAGGAGAUCGCAGAGAGGCAGCUCGGGGAGGCGCUGGAAACCAUCAAGACUGAGAGGGAGCAAAAGGCCGCCUUAAGAAAGGAGUUGUCGCAGUACAUGACCAUCGGAGACUCGAUGUACCACAGUCCUUUGAGCAUCUCCCUCGAUGGGCUGAAGUUCAGCGACGACACCUCAAUCGAGCCCAACAACGACGAACCCCUCCACAUCUAUGAGAAUGCCUUUGACAAGAUCGACAACAACGACAACCGUGUUUCCACGCCCAAAAAAGGAGAGCGGUUCCACCCUUCCUCCAGCCUGGUGGACAAUCUGCUGAAUGAGCUCAACAUCUCAGAGAUCCAGAAGCUCAAACAACAGCUGCUGCAGGUGGAACGGGAGAAGGUGACGCUGCUGUCGACCCUGCAGGAGUCUCAGAAGCAGCUGGAGCAGACUCACGGAGCGCUAUCUGAGCAGCACGAGAAGGUCAACCGUCUCACCGAGAACCUCAACGCCAUCCGCAAACUCCAGGCCAGCAAAGAGCGCCAGUCCGCUCUGGACAACGAGAAGGAUCGCGACAGCCACGAGGACAGUGAAUACUAUGAGGUGGACAUCAACGGCCCCGAGAUCCUGGAGUGCAAGUACAAGGUUGCUGUGUCUGAGGCAAGUCAACUGAAGGAGGAGCUCAAAACGUUAAAGGCAGAACAUUCAGCCUGUCAAUCUCAGUAUAAGGGGGAGCGGGUGCAGCUGGAGAGCCAGGUUGCAUCAUUAAGCACACAAUUCACUUCUCUGGAGUGCAGCAGCAGAGCCGACCGUGAGCAGCUGGCGCGGCUGGAGAAAGAGCUCCGUCAAGCCAGCGAAGUGGCAGGCGAAUCCCAGGGCAGCCUUAACAUCGCACAAGACGAGCUUGCCACCUUCAGCGAGGAGCUAGCCAACCUCUACCAUCACGUAUGCAUGUGCAACAACGAAACGCCGAACCGCAUCAUGCUCGACUACUACCGCGAAGGUAAGGCUGGCGUUAAUGGCACACAGACCACAGGCUGGGGCAGCCCUGAUGGUCGCGGACGCCGCUCUCCCAUCCUGCUGACCCGCGGCCUCUUCCCCAGCGACGGAGCUUCGUCUCCGGUCUCCUCCGUCCCGUCCCCGGUGCCUGAUCCCCGCAAAGAGCCCAUGAACAUCUAUAACCUGGUGGCUAUCAUCCGUGACCAGAUCAGACACCUGCAGCUAGCGGUGGACCGCACCACCGAGCUCUCGCGCCAGCGCAUGGCUUCCCUGGAGCUGGGUCUCGGGGCAGACCGAGACCAGGAGGCCAGCGUGGAGGAGAUCCUCAAACUCAAAUCACUCCUCAGCACCAAGAGGGAGCAGAUAGCCACGCUGAGGACUGUCCUGAAGGCCAACAAACAGACCGCUGAGGUGGCGCUGGCCAACCUGAAGAGCAAAUAUGAGAACGAAAAGGCCAUGGUGACUGAAACCAUGAUGAAGCUUCGCAACGAGCUCAAAGCCCUAAAAGAGGACGCAGCCACUUUCUCCUCGCUCAGGGCCAUGUUUGCCACACGCUGUGACGAGUACGUGACUCAGUUGGAUGAGAUGCAGAGGCAGCUGGCUGCUGCGGAUGAUGAGAAGAAGACACUGAACUCCCUCCUCCGUAUGGCCAUCCAGCAGAAGCUGGCGCUCACCCAGCGCCUGGAGGACCUGGAGUUCGACCACGAGCAGACCCGCCGCGGCAGAGCCAACGGCCGCUCCAAGACCGCCUCCUCGCGCGGGAAACCCACCCACUCCCACGUGAGUCACCCUGCCGCCGCUGCCACCUGCGGGGGUCGAGGCGAGCCCAACGGCCUCCUGGGAACGCCGGUGGUGUUCUGCAGCGAGAAGUACAAGAUCUACUGCGACUGAAGCUGUGCGAGCCUCGUCAGCCGUUGUACAAAGCUCCACUCACGCACUCUUGCUUGCUGUGUGCUAACCCAUAUGAUGUGUCCGUGUGUUUAGGGCUAAAUAUGGUCAUGCCUGCUAACGUCCUCAUAGCCAGGUGCAUGUUGUAGUGCUAGCUAAGGGCAGAAUGAAAUAACAUUUAGUCUUAUAGGUGAAGUGUGUUUCUGCUAGCGGCACCAAACCCAAUUGCACAAUUUUACAGCUCAAGGCAGCAUUUCUAGAUUAGACAUGAUAGAGAGAGCUAGCCAUAGGAUUGUUGAAUUGUGGUCACAAGUCAAUAGCCAUUCGCCCUUUUCCUCUGUCCAUCUCUCUCCUGCCUCUGAAAUCAGCAGCCCGUCCAAUCAGGUAACUCGUGUUUACAUGCCCGACCAAACGAAAUAUGCAAACCUCCUCCCUGCCUUGUUGACGUGCAGGAAAACUCAUAGAAGUGUGCCAUUUUUGUUUUGUUUUUGCGAGAAAACAGAAAUAACAUCAAAAAUGAAAAUCGACGGGUUGGAGAGUGUGUGUGUUUUAACGAUGUCACUCGUGAGGCAGGCGGGAACGACGCGUGUUCAUAAAUCAGUAUGCGCCACGAAGCCAGUGGGCUUCUGGCUUGCUUUUUCAUUUGAUGUCUGGCUGCAGAACUGAGAGCUUUAAUAUGUCUUAGACUCGAUUACGUUUACUUGAGCACACACGGCUUCACACGGUGAAGUCAUGGUGAAGGGCUUGCCACGUGCUGUCAACAUAUUUCCAUUGCAGAUGAAACAUUAGAGAGGCCUUAUCUGUCGUUUCUGUGCUCUAAAUAGCGUGGCCGUCUCAUUUCAAGACGAGAAGGGCAAACCAAUGUCUCAUUUUGGCAAACAAAAGAUUCAAAGUUUCAGGCUUUCAUUCUCUGGCUUGCUUAAAACAUCCCGAAUCAGCUUUUCAUGAUAAGAUCAUAUAUUCCUAGUUGCACUCGACCUUAGCAUUAGUAAUCUGUAUAUGAUCUGAAUCUCUCAUCUCCAUAUAGAUUGCAUUCACCGUUUUGUGUUGGCAUCACGUGAAAGAUUGACACAACUGAAGCAGUCGAUGCCGAGCUAGGGUUUUUAAACAAACUGAAAUAAGAGUUCAUAGUCUAUUUGCAAGCUAUUGUCGAUUAAUUCAUGAAUUGCUGCAAAUGGGCUAAUGAAUGGCUUCUCUGAAUCGCUGUAUUUGUAAAUAACAGUGUUAAAUUAAGAUUACAUGCGUCUUUCACAUUCUGUAACAUUUUCUAGUCCAGUUAAUCUAGCAAGGUCUGUUCCCAUAUGAUCUAGUGGUUUGGAUUCCUGGUUGUUACCAGGCCGCCUGGGUUCGACUCCCGGUAUGGGAAGGGAUGCCUCUGGCACUGCUCGCACUCAUCAGAUUAUUGACAUUCAUUUUGGAAUUUAAUUGACCUGUCACAGAAAAAGACGAAUGUCUCAUUUGGUUGACAUGUCUAACAAUAAAAAAAAACAAACAUCAUUUUUGGUUGGUGUGACAUUUUGUCCAAAUUUUAAAUGGCCAGUUCAAAUUUGCUCGCUUCAGUUACCAAUGAAAAAUUAGCAGUCAGGUUACCAGUUGGUCUGCGUUCCGCCAAGAGGAGUUAAAUGUGAAAUGUUUCACCAUUGACCGGUCAAAAACGUCAUACAACUCAUUAACAUUCACUACUUAUUUGGCUUGACCUGGUGAGGUUUGAGGUUUUUAGUUCUUGUGAGAACCUCUGGCUUCCUGCAUCCUGUACUUCUCUUCCACACUCACUAACACAACACUUCACAUGGGCUGUGUUUGGCUUCUGGGUUUUCCAUUGAGUUCUGCUGGAACGCCGCUUGAGCAGAUGCAGCUGCUGCGUAACGUUAACCGUAAUGCUAACGGCUUUUAUUUCUUUAUUCCGAUUUGCAGUAACGCACAGCCUGAGCUGGAACUCAACAUUGCACCACUGCCUACAAACCCAGUAAACUGUCUUGGACCUACUUUUUGGGUUCUUUUUACACAAAUGGGAAGCCAGAGGUCACAAAGUCCUGAAAACUUUAAUGCUUAAAAUUCAACUACAAAAAAGAGAACAUGGGCACAUUCAUCGAUGUUUUGAGAUUUUGUAACCUUUGAUCUUUUAAUAUAAGGCUAUAUUGCUUUUUAUUAUAUUAGUCUAUAGUUUGAGGUGAGUCUGUUCACGUAUUUUACACUACUAUUUUAAGAGUAUUCGAUUUCAUCAUGUACGUCCUCUGUAAGCAGAGCUCAACGUCACGGAUUCAUAACUCACAUGAUCCAUAUUCUCCAGUUCUGUCAUCCAUAAGAUUAUCUAUGUGUUUUACUGAAAUGUUACGUUUCUCACAUUGGCACAUUUUACGGCCACGCUUUAAUGCUGGGCUUUCAUCUAUUUAUUAUUACUGUUAUUUUGUCUAUAUAGGAAUAUUUCAAAGUGAACAAAUAAAAAAAAAAAAGUGGCUUAAUCUAAUUGGAAGGCUUUGGUUAAACAAAACCAGCGAAUCGAUAAAAAUUGAAUGGAUUUUUUCAUAACACUUCACAAUAAGGUUCAAAUAACAAACAAUGCAGCAUUUAUUCAUCUAGCAUCAUUACUUUAUAUAGGAAUAUGUUUUAUAACAUUGUAUAAAUGAACAUUAGGUUAACGUAUUAUGAUCAAACGUGAAUUAACAAUAAAUGAGAAUGUUCAUAUAUUAACAUUAACCUGGAUGCAUUAAGAACUGUACCUUAUUGUAAGUGUUCGCGAUUUUUCUUUCGUUCGUUUCAAGCACCUUCGCUCAAGCUUUACGUGGGUCACUGACCUUCUGCAUUCUGUACAAGAGGAAAUGAAUUAAUUCCAAAUUGGAAUGCUGUAAUUCUCUCUGUAUAUCGUGCCAAGUGUCGGUACAUCGUUUGGGUUGGUGUUAAAAGGAUCAGAAGCGCUGAGACGAGGGUCUGCCCUGCUUUACCUUACCCUCAGUUUGGUUCGUUUUUCGUUUAUGAUCUUCAUUCUGACCAUUAGUGCCUUUUUGUUCUUUGAAGAGAGAAUCCUAGCUUAGCGUUUAGUUUUUGUAUUUUAUUUUUCUCACUCCUUAAGGAAGAGACGUUAAUUCUGUUUUCAAGGGUGUGAAGAUAUCAAUGAUUAGAGAAAUAAAACAGAUUGUACUGAAUUCGUCAGGUCAGUGAUCCUAAGAGCAAAUUCAGGGGUUUUAGAAAACGUUAUGUUUCGUCAAAUGGUUUGAAGCCAGAAUUAUCAUUUGCCUCAAUAUGAACAAAAAUUGAGACACGAAACCUGUGUGGUGUUUUGUUGUCGGAGACUGGUGUUAUUCUAGCUUUGUAUGGUGAGGUAGCUGAGGUCAUGUGAUAUCGAUAGUAUUGUUAACAAUUGUGAGAAAGCUUGUGUCCUCUUUCUGUUCAAUUGUUUUAUUUUUUUAUACAUUUUUCACAUGGUUAUAUGAGCAUUACAAAUUCAGGAAACAGAAAACAUGUUGCAUCAACAAGCAAAUGGUGCCACGACAGUCACGUUUUGUUUGUUGAGGCGUAAAAUUAAUAAAUACAGUCAGCAAGUGAGGAGGAACUAAAUUAAGUGCAAUUAAACCAAAACGAAGUUAUGUGGUAACUGAGGUUUUCUGUUUGCUGGAAGUGAUGGCAUUGUGAUAUUCAACUAGCUGUGGAAGCUUAUUAUUGGAAACUCUUAUUAUUGUGUUCCAGUAUUGAUCUAUAAGGACCUAUAAGUUUGAUACCUUUAUAUGAAAUAACAUUCAUUUGUUUGUAUUAAUUUGAAAUCUCGUCAGUACUGAACUUUAUAAUGUGCAUGUUUCUUUCAGCUAUGAGACAGAACUGAAAACAAACUUAGAACUCCAAAGACUU